UCAACCAAGAAAUAACCAAAAAAAUAAACACAAACAUAAACAUAAAAAAUAAAACAAAAUACAAUAACUAUUUAGGAGGACAUUAACACUAUUAUUUUGGCAAAAUGGUUAAGAUGGUAAAGGGUGCUGCUGUUAAUAAGGAAACAGUAAGUCUGAUAAGCGAAUCGGAAAUGUUGGAACGGCAAAAGAAUUACACUAUUAGACUGCACGACAUUGCGGCCGCCUGUUCGAGUUUCAAGAACGCACUCGCUCAGCUCAAGGAGCUGCAGGAAGAACGGACGUAUCAAGACCGCUGGGAUCAGUUUACUCGGUGUGAUGGCCUGCCGAAGGUCCGAUCUCCAGUCGAGAUCAGAACAUUUUUGGCCAAGAUACGUCACUUUGAAGAGAUCGAAAUCAACGACUCCAUAGACUGGACUCUGGGAGUGGACGAGCGUAGUAUUCUGACACAGAAUAUUUUCCACAAGGACCUAACCAGAGCAACGUUGCAAAAAACGUCUUCCGACAACCCUGGCACUUAUUUUGAGACCAAUUUAAAGAAUUGCCUAGAAGUAUUGCGACAGGUGGACGUUUUGAUGGACAAUGAGGUGGAAAUGGAGCGCAUGAGUUUGAAAGUACAGAUUGAUCUCAUGGAGGUUUACAAAGACGUCCAACGGGAGAUAGAAAGUCUCUUUGAUCGCCUUACUUAUAGGAUAUUACGGAUGCAAAAGGUCUACAUGGAAUCUGUAAAUGGCAUAGUGGCUAAAUGGAGCCACUCGUGCGAUUCAUGGCGCAUGGAUCUUUGGGGUCUUUACAAUGUUCCCAUAAUCUUUCAGCAACUGGAAGUUCCAUUGAUGAUAGCGGAAUUCAAAGCCUCUGAAGUAACGAUCCAAUUACCAUUGAGUGUCCUAGGGGAUUGCGUGACCCUACGCUGUGUUCACACCAGUUUUGACCAUAGGUCGGAGGACGCGAAAAGCUUCGAACCACCGACAGUCGAUGUGUCUGUAGUUCCCAUUUCUGGAAUAACAGAAAUGGAGGAGUCGGUGGUUGGUGAGUGGUUGAUGCAGCAUGACAUACAGGAGGAGACUUUGGACAGCAUGAAUAAAAAGCGAGAGGAGUACGAAGAACUAAUGCAGCUCAUUGCCGAGCGGACCGAACAGGCUGCCAAGGAGGCGAAGUUUGGUAAAGCCGCCGAUGGUGCUAAGCGCCCUAAGAUAGUCAUUCCGAAAACACCGAAGUUGGUGCCCCUCGUACCGCAAGGAAUGUUUCCCGAAGUAUACACCGAGUUUCUUCAUCGUGAAGAUAACCAAUACAAGACGUUUCUGGACAGCUAUUUUCAUCCAAGACUGCUAAACCUGUCGCUCGAGGAGAUAAAUCUUAGACAGUCUAUUAUCAUUGGCGGAGUCUAUAACAUUACGUUUGUUCGGCGACCUGAACAAACGCAAUUCGAGAAGUUCAAUAUUAUUUUGCACGAGGAUGGACGCGUUCUGCAUGUCAUAGCCGAUGUGGUGGCCCGAGUAGAAGGCAACUUUCGAAGCUCUCAUGUUUCGGACUUCACCAGAAUGACCUUUGCUACCAGCCAGUUUAGGCUGGAUGAUAAUGAGUUGCCAUUCUUCGUUGUUACCGUGAAGUUGCCCCCAGAUCUCUGCAGAUGGGGCACACCCGAGGUUUGUCAUUAUUUGAGAGAGGUGGAGGCACCUCCACGGACACCGGAUAGGAGUACCCUCGUCACGCUAAACAUAGUUGAGCCUCAACGGAUCUCAUCUCAAUUAACCCAACGAGAGGAGAGCGCCAUUCGAUCAACAUUGGGCAAUCAGUUUUAUCCAACUCUCAGAUCAAUCCUGAAGCAAAGUAUUUCGCAUGGAUAUAACCUGGAAAAAGGGACAUCUAUACAGGAUUUUCAUUUGAACAAGACUUUAACCAAGCUUGAAAUUAUGAAGUUAUCAAAAAUAUGCCUGCCACGCAUAAUUUCCUCUUUUAAGCUCCCAAGUGAAUUUACUGAAGACAGUCAAACGUCAGAAGCCCAAAAGACAAGGCCGAAUCGCCUAUUAAAAAGAACUGAAACUGAGUUGGCUGUGGAGACUAAACUUGCACCAACGGAAGACUUUGAUUAUGCAAUGCAACAGCAGCCGGAAAGAAUGUUUCCCGUUUUUGAAAAGACAGUUCCUGUUGAAUUCAUUCCUGCUGACCAUUCGAUCUCCAUCGAUCCAAAUGAUACAUCUACAGCCUGUGGGUUGGUGUCCACACUGGAAACCAUCAGAGGAAAGUACUUGCACAAGCCCUUACAAUUGUUGGAACAAGUCGAAGUCGUAUCCAAGAAGUCCGAGAAAAGGGCGGAAGUAAAAAAUGUAGAGGUCGUUAAAAGUGUUUCCAGUCUCAAGGAUAAAAUGUCUAAUGCGAAUGUAAGUGAUAGAAAAAGUUUAACAGAUGCAAUUGAGAGAAAGAGUGUAUUAGAAGAUGUAGGCAGAGCUUCAGUGCAUAAAGGAGCCAGAAGAAAUGGCUCUGUCAUCAAGCGGCGAUCGAUGCGAAAGUCUGCCAAGGUGGAAGACACUACGAAGUUUCGCUACGAAGAAAGGGAUCCACCAGUAUUGCUAGAUCACUGGACCAAGGAGCACAUUAUCGAAUCGACUAUUGAUCACCAGGCUCAUACGCUUACCUUUAGAACCACACGUUUGGGCAUUUUCGGACUGGCCUUCAAACGAUACGAGCACUUUCCCUUUCGUGAUUGGUGUCUGCAGCCCAAUGAGAACAAUCCGGAUGAGAUCAUUCUCAGCUUGGACACAUUCCAUGUACGAAUGUUUUUCUACAUCACAUCCCAAGGAGUACGUGGCUAUGUGACUGAUCUGACCAAGGGCUAUACAGCUAAGCCAGUUAAGUACCUGGAGAUUGUGGAGCCAAUCUCGGACUUUCGUGUAUUGCGUAAGUUACUCGUGGAAAAGAACUUAAAUAUUUUCGCAGAGAACGAUGCCAGCUACUACAUCACAAAUGGUUACUUCUCCGUCAAGCAUGUGGCCACUGAGCUACACACCUACAAUACCAUGGCUCUGCAAUGCAAAAUGAUGAAAUUUUAUAGGUCCAGCUGGAAUCGACUGGCCACACGACGCGAUGUUAUUUUGGACAUGAAGAUAGCAAAGGACAACUCGGACUUCUCGGAGGUCACAAUGCGUAUAACACCCGAGAAGACAACAUUUGUCAAAAUCUCCGAAAUGUGUUCGGAUGAUAUAAAAGUGGUCAAGCUUCGUUACGAGGAAACUUGGCGAAACGUCAAUAACUACAAUGACUUCGGCCAGGCCAUUCAAUCGUUGAACCCCCAUUCCCAGGAGGGCAGUAACAAAGAAGCUAUGCUUUUCAUCUACAUUAAAAGGCUCCUGAAUGAGAUUCGUCCCUUGAGUUACUCUUAGGAACUUCGGCAC